GUUGCCAGCAGAUGGAGUAGUCGCUUUAAGUAUAGACAUGGGAAAGUAAACCUAAUAAUUUCAUUAUCUGAAUGAAAUUAUUGUAUUCAGAAAAUAUUUAAUAAUGUAUGCACAAAAUUAUCUUUUUACUUCUCAUGAAUGUUUUCUCAUGAAAAAAAAAGUUCUCUGUGUUCACUGUUAAUGCUUCCUGUUCAACUGGUCCUGCAUGUCUUACGAGAAGGAAGGUUUUGUUUUUUAUUGUGGUAUUUCCUUAGAUGCAUUUUGUUCUCAAAAGAAGAGGGAUGUCAACUGUGCUAUAAAUGUACCAGUUACAGUAAUACCAACAUUGUUUGUGUCAUUAACAAAAAGAAAUUGGCAAAGGAGCUGUAUUACAGAGCACAUGAUGACCGAGACCACUGAUAUUAAUGUGCCAGAGGAGACCAGACAGAGCAAGGACUAUCAGUCAGACUUCAGGGGCAAGAACCCACCAGUGCCAAUAGCAGACAUCAGUAUUUCAGAUGACUCAAAGCCUGCAAAUUCAAAUCACAAAUGUUUACAUUGUGAGGAAACAUAUGAAAACCACAAAAAAAUGAAAAAGUUGUGCAGUGCGGUAUGGAAGCAAAUAUCAACUGAUGAUAUGUCAUCAGACAGAAACUCUAUCACUUCAGUCAUUUCGUCAGACUCAGGAUAUGCUUCAAGAAAGAACACCGAUUUAGAAGUCUCUGAAAUAGAGGAUGUGGAUUUUUUAAAUAAAACCUCCUAAAACUUUUCCAAAGACAAUGUACCAACUUAUAAACCCCUAAGAAACACUCAUACACCUUCUCAUUCACACAAGAAUGUUGGGCAAUUUAGUUGAUCCAGUUCACUUAUAACAUGUCUUUAGACUUUGAGGGAAACCAAAGCACCCAGCUGAAACCCACACAGACACUGGGGGAACAUUCAAACUCCUUCCUUUCACCUGUUAAACAUAAAAGAAGAUACACUGAAGAAGGUUGGAAAUGAAUAUGGAGAUUUUAUACUGCAGCUUUUGACAACUGUUAUUGUGUCUCUUAGCUUAGUUGUCAUUUUUAAAGCAAAGAUUAUUCUGUUUGAGAUGUCUUUGUCAUGACAACUUGACAUUACCACAAAAAAAACUUGUCAUAAAUCUUUCAUAAACAUGUUUGUCAUGAGGCCUAUAUAUUUUUCAUAGGCAUAUAUUUUUCUCAUCAUAUUUGUUCAGUGGAACAGGCUGACACCUGAGUUUAUUUCUUCUGUUAAACAAAAAAGAAGAUAUACUAAAGAAAGCUGGAAACCUUCCAUAUUUGUUUUUCUUACUGAAAGUUAAUAGUUACAGGUAUUCAGCUUUCUUAAAAGUAUCUUAUUCUGUGUCAAACGGAUAACAAAUAAAAUAAUAAUUAUUAAGAACCACUUGAGGUAGAGUAAAUUAUGAGUAAAUAUUCAUUUUUGGGUGAACUAUCCAUUUAAUGUCGUCAUAAAUUAUUUUUGUUUAACAAAAAAAAAAAAAAAAGAUUUAAUAUGACUGAAUAUUUUCAGAAGUUUCACACAAAUUGCUUUUACAAAGCCAACCCUUUAUACCAGUUAGCCUAAUAUUCUAAAAAGAACAUGUUCUGUGUGCUGUAACAAUCUAAAGAUACAGCAGAAUGUAAUGUAACUUUAUUUAUUUUUUUAUUUCCGUAGAUCAGUGGGUAACCCAAAUAGCUGCAUUUAAGUUACUUUUUUUUCCCCAGAGAUGGGUUGCCGCUGGAUGGGCAUCCGCUGUGUAAAACAUACUAGUUGGCGGUUCAUUCCGCUGUGGCAACCCCAGAUUAAGAAAGGUACUAAGCUGAAAAGAAACUAAUUGAUUGAAUGAAGUUACAUUUUACUAGCUGCAUUUUACAAAGGGAAAACAGCCAUAAACAUUUCAUCACUUUUACAGUUCAAGAAGUUAGUAAAGUAAUUAUACCUGCAGUCUGUGGAAAGUGCAGCAGAAAUGAAACAUUGUUAGAAAAUAUAAUGUAGAUCACACUGCAUGUCACAUUCGCUUUUUAAAUGUUAAACCUUGAUUGUAUAUUAUUUUUUUUCCUAUAGAAAACUAAAAUUUAUGCCUAUCUAACAACAUGCUUAAGUUGACAAAUCAAAUACUGUUGUUUUAUAAUGUGAGAAGACUGCAAGAAGCAAAUUUCAUUUCUGAUCAAACUGUGUUUGUUUGGUGACCCUACUUAUCAUGACUACUUAACAAAUAUAUAAAUAAACUGACGAAAUAUUAA